AUGGCAUCGAAGCUCAUCAACAUCAAACAAGGUGACCGGGUAGCUGUUGCUGCUGGAGAAGGAACCGCAGCUUAUGUCGGCACAACGGAAUUCUCAAACGGCGUAUGGAUAGGCAUAGUUCUUGACGAGCCAAAUGGCAAAAAUGACGGAUCGGUGAAUGGAAAGAGAUACUUCAUGUGUAAAUCCGGAUGUGGUGUGUUUGUGCGUCCAAGUCAAGUGACAUUGGUCACCGGAUCGAAAUCGACAACGCGUCCGAUAUCUAGUUCUAAACCACCACAGACUCCUCAAGCCGCCAUCCGUUCUAUUGGUAACGCAAACCCUUCUACUUCAACUCGACCAGGACUCCAACCUGCAAAGCCUACUCACCUAACUGCAUCACAAGCACCACGAUCCGGCAGACUCUCGAAUGUAAUUUCACCCAACCCUACUCAAUCUUCCCCAAACGCGCGCGGUGUCAGCAUAUCAUCCAGGUCUCCUUUGGUCAAAACAGCCUCAGCAAGAACAUCUUCGCUGAACGUCAAUCGUACAUCCACCCUGAGCGCUCUUUCGAAGUAUCCUCAAUCGGGUCCAUCAAGUCCACUAUUAUCCCGUGUUAAUAGCAGCUCAACCGCCUCGAGCAAAGCUGGUAUCACUGGCACCACAAUGAAGACCACUACGUCCGUCUCAACACCAAUCGCUACGAGGAGACAAUCUUCUGGAGUUAGUGCAAGCACCAGACGGGCAGUACCAUCCUCAGCGAAGCAAUCGUCUUUUAAGCUUGAUCCUCCUAUAAAACCACCCCCAUCAAUUACCACGUCCCGAGUUACCAGUCAAGCAUUGUCGCGCGUGACUUCUCAUGAGACCUCCACUUCCUUAUUCGAAGAAGAUCCUUUGGAUGCCGUUGACAGUGACGAUGAUAACAAUGUUGAUGAUGAAAAUUAUGGCAGUAUUGAUGAUCCUGAUGCAACACCAAGCAAGAAAAAUAGGAAGCCAAGGAUAGAACAGCCCUCAAGCUCUGAAUUGAUCACUGCACCUGAUCUGGAUGUCUCCCCAGUCUUAGCAACCACCAUCCCGAAUUUGAGCGUUAUCGAAGACCAUUUCUCACUCAACUCAACUCGAUCUCCGAAAGAGAACAGGACACCUUCGAGGCCUCUACCUGAUAGCACUCACAGUGGUUCACCCUAUCCUAACACGGUUUCUUCUCGGACAUACGAAGAGCUCAUGACAAAAUACAAGUUGAUGGAAUCACGUAGAAAUGAGGAUCGCGAUAAGAUUAGGGAGCUUGAAAAAGUAAAAGAAGACACUGAAGAUUGGAACAACGUAGUAAAACCCAAGCUUCAAGCAAAAUUAAAUGAAUGUACGGAGGAAAUCAAGGCAUUGAAGAAAUUAAAUAAAGAAUUGGAAGCCUCUCAGCAGGAGGCUGAAAAUCGCCUGGCAGAUUUUUCGGAUGAAGUCGAGUUAGCUACUUUGGAUAAAGAGAUGGCAGAGGAACGAUUAGACCAAACCGAGGUCUUGAUGGUGACCAUGAAGGAGGAACUCGAAAAUUUGAAGGUCGAGCUGAGUGCCCUGAAAGAAAUCCAGGACCGCAUCGAGAACGGCGAUACCAACGAUUCUGAUCAGACAUCGACCCUCAAGAUGAUCCAACUGGAAAAGCAGAAUAAUCGCUUGAAAGAGGCAUUAGCUCGGAUGCGCGAUUUGUCUCACGAAGCUGACUUGGCGAGUCGUAAAAAGAUCUCCGAUCUAGAGCAAGAACUCGAUCUGUCUGCUGAGCUCCAAGGCGAAUAUAGUGUCCUCAUGAACGAGCUCUCAAUUGCUGAAGCACAAAUUGAAGAGCUGAAGCAACAACUGGACGAUUCCAUGGGUGCUGAAGACAUGCUGGAACAACUGACUGAGCGAAACUUGACUCUCAAUGAAAAAAUCGACGAUAUGAAGAUGAUCAUCGAAGAUUUGGAAGCUCUGAAAGAGCUAGCAGACGAGCUGGAAGAGAAUCAUGUCGAAACAGAAAAACAAAUGCAAGAAGAAAUCGAUUUCAAGGAUUUACAGCUCCGUGACCAAAGGAAACGAAACGAGUCAUUGGAAGAAUCUGUAGCCGAUUACGAAAAUACGAUUCUGCAAUUCCGUGAAUUGGUCCUGAGCUUACAGACAGAUUUGGAAGCUAUGCGCGAGCGUCAGCAAAUUCAACAGGAUGAAUCGCAGACACUGGCCAGUCAAACGCAAGCAAUGUUAAACCUGAAUAUGAAAUUACAGAACUCGAGUAUCAAAGGACAAGUGAAGGCCAUUGAUUUGGAACUUCGAAAGCUGGAAUCCACACAGGCGGUGCUACAAUGUACUAUCAUGAAGCCGUAUCUGUUACCUGCUUACUUCGAAGCUGAUCACGACUCCGUGGAGUCACUCAUGUUUUUCACUAGGCUAGCUGCCAAAGCUGAGCUCGUGUCUUCUGUGAUCGAGAACACAAAUAACAUCAGCGAAAGUUUGACCACUUCUGUGACCGAAAUCGUGGUGAUUGCAUGCGAAACCCGAUCCAAGCUUGUGCGGCUCUCAGCUCUUGCAAGUCGGUUUGCAGCCUUCAUGAAAUUUUGUCCACCAGAAAGUUUCAUCAAAAUGGGUGGUGUUUAUCAAGAAUUGAUGUCGGUGGAGAAGAAGAUGGAUAUAUUUAUUGAUGCUUGCAGGAAAGAGGAACUCAAGGAAGCUGAAGUAUCACGCGAGGUUGAAAGGUUCAUACCGCAGAUGAGACAUCUCGCAGAGUUGUAUCUGUCUGAUACAGAAUAUGAUGUCGCUGAACUGCAGUGCGGCGAUAUUCAAACACUAGACGUGGAUCUCGAUUCCAUUUUAGCUUGCAUCGGCUUCACUAAGCAGACGAUCGCGACCAUUGAAAAGGAUGGCCAGACCGACGUUGAUGACUACCUAUCAGACAUCCUUUUCCGUCCCCUACAAAACCUCAUUCAUCAAGCUCGUACUGCUAAGGUCAUUUCGAAGAAACUGCUGCGACGUUUGCAAGAUCUGAUGAAGCAGUCAUCUUCGCUGAACCCUAACCACUCCAAUGCCAUGGCAGUGUUGAAAGACAACACAUAUGACCUUGCAAACGUAUCUUCGCGAUCGAAAUCUGACGAAAAGUUUGCAUAUUUUCAGCUUGCGGAUCUCGUGGGGCGCUAUUGCUCAGGUCUUAGGUCUUCGAAAGAGACCUUCUCAUUGGAGACAUAUAACGACAUCAUUCAAGAAGCUACGGGCGACGUUGUCAAACAUACCAGUAGACCUCUGGAAGAAUUUUUCACGCUGUUAAGUCAUCUUGCACGCGAUUUAGGCAUUACUCUUGGAGUUGCUCAAGAUCCAGAUCACGUGGCCAAGAACUUUUUCGAGCAUCCUUGGAUUGCCCGGGUGAGCGAGAUGAGGUCUUCAGCGGCAAUCAAUGUGGAUGCAGAGUUGAAAGUAUCUAAACUCAAUGAGGAAAUCAGAGAGCUUGUGAAAGAUGCACGCGCAAAGGAUCAUACACUACAAGAAAGCCAGGUAAAGAUUCAGAUCAUGGAAAAACGUAUGGAAGCUGUCAAGAAGCAGGCCGAAGCGAUGACUGAACUUGAGUCCAGUCUCAAGACGGCUCUAACGCGGUCAAAGGAAUAUGAAGAUCUCAGUGAUUCACUUCGUACUGAGAAUGAAAAGAUGGCCGAAGAAACUAAACAGUUGAAAGUCAAAGCUGCGGCAGCUGGUGUCGACGCCAACAAAGCCGCCACUCAAAGUUCCGUCAAUAGCCCUAAGAAUCAAGGUGGGCUUUUAUCAGGUCAGGACUUUUAUGUACCUUAUGAAGGUAACUUGGAGACAACUCAGCUAGUAGAGCAAAUCGAAUCCUUGCGAGGGGCAACGAGGUUUUUGCGUGCCGAAAACUUUUAUCUAAAGUCGCAGGGCCUCCUCAAGCAGCUCAACACUUUGCCAUCUUACAGCGUUCUUCCCCCGGCAUUCCCGCCGGUUCUUGAAGGCGACUCGGAUCCAGGUUCGACCGAGCCAAAAUCUGAUGCCGACCCGAGUUCACCAUUUGACUCGAAUUAUCGACCCAAUAUGACCCGAGCCGAACAACUCAGGAAGAUGACAUCCGAAUCUAAGCGACUCUACAAAGAAGCUCUCACGAUUUCAGCUCAUCCGAGAGUCGUCGAUCUGACCCAAGUCAAACGGCGCAAUGUAACAACUGCGAACCUCGAGACUUCGGGUGAAGAUUCACAAUCUGAAUCGCGUCCGAAGACAGGGAGAGUUUGGCAACUGAAAGAACGUUUACCUCAAGUUCAAUUUGACCGUCGGAAGGAAGAAGUGGAGCGACUGAGAAAGAAGAUCGAAGCAUUCAAAGAAAGGACACGUGAACUUUGCUGAAGACACUCGCGAGCAAGUUUGAUCAGUUUUUUUCGAUUUUCUCAAGUAUGCAAGUCGGACAUAUAAAUUAUCGUAUUUCAUCGUCGUUCCCUUCGUCUUUCUUUGGCCGUCUGGCAAUUAACCCUAUUGUUUCUUUAGUUUGGGAGCCUCAGUCUCAAUCAACUGUGCUAUAUGUUGUUUUUAAAGCAUAUGAUGUAAUUUUGAAUCUUUCCUUGGGUUUGGUCGCCAUUCGGCAUAAACAGCAGGUGACAUGACGGUCCAGAUUUGGGGCGUGUUCCGUAGGUUUUAUAGAAUAUAUUUCAGUUUUGCCAAUGUC